AUGGACGGGCCGCGGAGGGAGCGGCGGCACCACCGGAAGGCGGCGCCGGCGGGGGCGGCCUCCUCCUACGGGGACGUAUUCGGCGGGCCGCCGCGCUUCGCCGCCGCGCCGUUCGGGGCCGCCGCCGUGGUCGGCCCCCCGCUCGACUACGCCGAGGUGUUCGGGGGCGCCGCCGCCGCAUGCUCCAUCCCCUACCUCGACCUGCCGCCCGUCGCCGCCGUCCCCUCGGGCGGCGCCUCCGCGGGCGACUACCGCGAGAUCUUCGGCCGCUUCGGCUUCGCGGACUUCGCCGCGCCCUACGAGGACCUCUUCGGCGACGCGCCCGCUCCGCCGCCGGCGCCGCAGCAGCUGCCCGAGGAGGAGAUCGCCUCGUCCAGCGGCGGGAGCUCCUACAGAUCAUCGAUAAACAAUGAAUCUAGGCUGGAUGCUGAGCAAUCUACACUUCAUCAACACUUCAAAGAGCAUGAGUCUUCUCCAAUUCCCUCACUUCCGGAUAGUCGGGAAUUCGUCAUGUCAUAUUACAAGACUACCCAAGCGAAACCGGAUGAUCUAGUUGAGAUGACUACUUGCACAGUUCACCCUUCAGUCGAUUAUGUGGUUGGUUCUUCCAAUUUUUCACCUGCCCCAGCAACUAACCAUGUUUCAAAAAUGGAUAAUGGUAUAAUGGCUAAUGGAGACAGAGGGAAGAAGUCUCCAUCAACCUCUGUGACUGCCAAUGUGAGAGGUCCUGAGAGUGACUUCACUUUUGAUCAAAAGCUGCACAUACCAGAAUGUCCACCUCUUUCUGAAAAUGUUUCUGCGAAUGGAAGUAACCAGAAAUCUGAUAGUCAUGCAACACCCAGUAACGGAAAACCUUUUGCAGAUUAUGCAUUUAUGAGGGUAUCUACUCCAACUGUGCAAACACAACCAAAAGUACCAUUACCACCUUUGGGACAGCAACCUAAAGUGCUCAACAAGAAAGAAAGUGCAGCAAAAGAAGACUUCCAUUUUGCAAAUCACAGUGGCACUCCAACUUCUGUUCACACCCCUACAAGUACCAAGCUUGCUCGGGCCGAAAAAAGAGCUGAUGCUGCCUUGUCUAAUACUGAGGCCAAUCCCAGUUCUGCUGCAGCCGCUAUGAAGGAGGCAAUGGAAUAUGCUGAGGCUAGGCUAAGAGCUGCAAAGGAACUGAUGGAGAGAAAAGGUGACAGUUUUAAAAUUCGGAAGAGGCCAAGUCAUCAUAGAAGCACAAGAUCUGUAGAAAUCAAGGCUCCUGUAGAAGUAUAUGCAUUUGAAGAAAAUCUGUCAGUGAAAAAUCCAGCAACUGAAGAAAACAACUCUGAGAAUUUUGUGUUUGACAGGCACCAACAAGUUAGUGCAGUCAGAUCAAAUCAUCACGAUGACAGUGGAAAAAUGGUACUGCCAUUGAAGAAGCCUCAGCAGAUGAUGCGAACUCACACUAUGCCCUGUCAAACCUCCAGUAAUAUAGAGAAAUUAGGUAACUGGAGAUCAGGUGAUGAAUAUUUUGAGCUCACUGGAGAUUAUCAGAAAUGCCAGACUGGUACAGUCAGAGAGAAGGAAGAUAACUGUGGGAGAUCAAAGCCUGUCACUGAACCCAGCGAGGGCCAAAAGGCUAAAACUAAAGUUACCACACAAGGCUCUGACCUGGAAAGAUACGAAAAACUGUGGGAUGUUAGUGAUGCCAGCGAUUUGGGAGUGAAAGAGGAAAAACAGAAAGAACUCAGUACAGCUCCAAUGGAGAAAGGGGAGGAUAGGGUGUCUACAGUUCUGGAAACUUCUACAGGCAAUAUGGCACAUAAAGGUGUUGAUAACACUCAGUUGGAGGGGCUUCUGAUUGUUGAAAAUUCUAAAGGAAGUCAUGAUGAUGGGAGUUUUGAGCUUCCUUGUAUGAGUGAGAUCACUCCCGAAGUAGACUUCAUCAAGGAUGUUCCUAAUUCAUUAUCGGCUUCCUCUUCUGCUAACUAUGCUACUGAUCUAGGUAACAGUAGUAUGAGUGAAGGUUCAGUAACAGGAACAUCAGAGGAGCCAAAAAACAGCGAAGGAGGACUAGAGGUAAGAUAUGAUGAUGAGAUGCAAUGCAUUUCAGGGAGUAGUAAAACAUCACAAGAACCUCCAGAAGUUGCUAAUGUUGGUAAUUCCCAGGCAAGUCAAAUUAAAUCGUUGAUUUUAGAGGAACUUGAAGGAUCUUGUGUAACUCAAGCUUCUCCAAGGGUACAGAGUAAAUCUGAGCUUGAAGCUGAAACUUAUGGAAGGGAAAAGUUUAGUUUUGUAGGUGAAUCUUACCUACAUAAUGAAAAUGAGAAGAUAAUUGAAGUACCCCGCGAAUCGCUAAUCUCCGAAGUAGAGAAAGCUGAAGGUGAGGUGGAACUUCGUCCACACGCACAUUCUGAAGAGUCUGUUCCAGAUGAGGAUGUUGAGUGUCCUGAAGAGAGUGACAUUACUCAGCAAACCAAUAAUCCGGUAGUAUCAACCAUGCUGAACGUGUUUGAGAUAGCCAGCAAGUUCAUCAAAGGAGACCUUGAUCAAGAAAUCCAGGGUUCAUUAGGGCCUGUUGAAGUGAAAAAUAGAACAGAAGAAGGGACUGAUAGACUUGAGUCUGAUGGUAAAGGGAAAGAAGCAGAAAAACCCCACUCAGAAAACAGUGAGAAGACAGAUGUUGAAGCAGAGUCAGCUCAUGAUACUGAUAGACAUGAGUCAGAUUGUGAAAGUAAAGAAGCAGAAAACUCCACCUCAGAAAACAGUGUUAAGACAGAUGCUGAAGAAGAAUCAGCUCAUGCUAACCAGGAGGAGCCAACAACAUCUGCAUCUGAUACCAACAAAGGAGAAAGUGUUGUGGAUGCACAGGGUAAUAUAACAGUUGAUGAAAUGGGCAGUGCAGCGAGUUCUGGAGAUGAAGUUACUAUCAAAUCUGCUAAUGAUGGUCCCACCAGAUUAACAGUAAAUACAACAUUUGAUGAAAUGGGCAGUGCAGCGAGUUCUGGAGAUGAAGUUGCCAUCAAAUCUGCUAAUGAUGGUCCCACCAGAUUAACAGUAAAUACAAAGGACGAGCCAACUUCCUGUUCAGAAAUGAGUACUGGCUUGCAGCAAUUACCUAAAAAUGUGGAAUCUGCUACUUCUCAGACAUCUAAUGCAAAUGUUCCAGGUGCUGACAAGACCAAGGAGGCGUGCAAAGAAGCAGAACGAGAAUUGGCUACAACAUUUGAAGAGAAUGGCAGUGUAAAUAGAAUGGAAGGGAAAGACUCUAGAGAAAGGAGAUCAAAGGCAGAACCAAAGCAUCAACAUACUCAUCUGGAGAAGAUUGACAGUGCUACUUCUCGGACAUCUUAUGAAAAUGUUCCUGUUGUUGACAAGACCAAAGAGGUGUGCAAAGAAGCAGAAAGAGAAUUACCCACAGAAAGAUGUACAAUAUUCGAGGAGAAAAGCAGGGUAAAUAAAAUGGAAGGAAAGGUCUCUAGAGAAAGGAUAUCAAUGGCAGAACCAAAGCAUCAACAUUCUCAUUUAGAGAAGAGUGACAGUGUACCAAAACCUGCAGAAAGGCCAUCCCCAGUUUCUGCUGAGGUGUCAGGAAAAGAGACACCUAGGGUUCAGAGAACCAAAGAGAGAGGGAGUAUAACAGAAAAGGAAAGAGAGAAGAAGGACAAAGAGGCUUCUCGAAGACUGGAAGAAGCAAAAGAAAGGCAAAAGACAUUGGAGAAAGAAAUAGAAAAUGCUGAAGUCAAUGAAAGAAAAAAAAUGGAAGAGGAGGAAAGGGAGAGGGAAAAGGAAAGGGAAAAGGAUAAGCUUGCUGUUGAAAGAGCUACAAGAGAAGCCCAGGCUGUUGAAAGAGCUAUAAGAGAAGCUCAUGAGAGGUCUUUUAAUGAAGCUCGUGAAAAGGCAGAAAAAAUGGCGUUGGAAAGGAUUGCGGCAGCACGGCAAAGGGCUUCUGCAGAAGCCAAGCUAAAAGAAGAGAGGGCAAAUGCCGAAGCUCGGAUAAAAGCAGAAAGGGCUGCAGUCGAGCGAGCAACUGCAGAAGCUCGGGAGAGGGCGAUUAAGAAGGCCAAGGCCGAGAAGGCUGCUGCGGAGGCAAGAGAACGCAGAGAACAAAUCAGGUCCUCUUCCAAGGAUGUUCGACAGGACAAUCAGUUUCAGAGGGCAACUUCCAGUGGUUACGUAAGAAAUACAGAUUCUAGUAGCAAAGUGGUUGAUUCCGAGUCGGCUUUAAGGCAUAAGGCAAGAAUAGAGAGGCAUCAACGCACAACUGAGCGUGUGUCAAAAGCACUCGCGGAGAAGAACAUGCGUGACCUGAUGGCUCAAAGAGAACAGGCAGAGAAAAAUAGGUUGGCCGAUUUCCUGGACCCUGAGGUCAAGAGGUGGUCGAAUGGAAAGGAAGGAAACCUGAGAGCCUUGUUGUCCACUCUGCAAUACAUCCUUGGAGCUGACAGUGGCUGGCAGCCAGUACCGCUCACAGAUCUCAUCACAGCCGCCGCCGUGAAGAAAGCCUACAGGAAGGCGACUCUGUGUGUCCAUCCAGAUAAGGUGCAGCAAAGGGGCGCGACGAUCAGGCAGAAGUACAUCUGUGAAAAGGUCUUCGAUCUUCUAAAGAUGCUUGGAACAAGUUCACCUCGGAGGAGCGGUAGGAUGGGAGUGAUGGAUGGAUGGACAGAAGCCGGAUUCAUUUUGCUAGUUGCAUAG